GCCUGCAGCCCUGGGCUCCGCUGGGGUGGUGGGUGGUCCCGGAGGAUGGCGGGAGACCCCAGCCUGCGGGAUGGGGGCCGGAACCUCUGUGGAAAUGGGGAGCCUGGUGCCUGGGAGAGGAGCGGGUCAAGGAGUGAGCUUAAUUUCUUACGGGAUGGUGAGGAAACGUGGCCUCCAUUCCUCUAAAGAAGCAGGUGCCUCUGAUUGAUUCCUGAUGCAGUUUUGAUUCAGAUUUAUUGUUUCAAUUGUGGAAGAUGUCGUCAGGCCUUACAGAGGAACAAAAGAGAAGAAUUGAAGAGAACCGCCAGAAGGCUUUGGCUAGGAGAGCAGAGAAGCUAGCAGCCCAGAGAAGUGGGCAGGUGGUGAUUGCUGGACCUCAGGUGAAAGAACAGAGUCGAGGCAGUUGGGGAAACUUGAAGGAAGAAUACAGUCAUGUCAGGUUCAUUACCCAGCAGCAUCAACAGAAUCCAAACAGUCCUGUGGAGCAGAAGAGCUAUCUUCAGAAAGAUUAUAAUCAUUACACUGCAAACCAACAGAUGGCUGGCUCACAUGGAGAGCAACAAAAGAAUUGUUCAGAGGACUCGGAACAAGCAAGUGACAUUAAGCAGUUCCCUACAACAACCCCAAAUUCUCUGAGUUAUUCCCAUAAACAUUACAUGAAUGCUGGUGGUCAGGAACAUGGACAACAAGCUUUAAUUAAUCUUGGUACAUUCCAGCCGGCCAAAUGCUACCCAGCUUUCAAAAACCCCGCAGAACCAUCUCAUCCUAGAUUAAUUGAUAACGGGCACCCUGGCGGUAGUAAAGAUUUACAAAGUCAGAACAAAUCUGCCAUAAAAUAUGUUUCACCAUCAAGCAGUGCCACCCCGAGUGACUCAAAAAUGCUGAUAAACACAAGCAUACCAACAGAAAGAGAAGAGGGAGGUGGUACCUCUCAGGCCAGUGGUAGGAUGCAGAAGUUGACCAACUCUGCUGGUGCAGGCUCUACCUUUGAAGCUGCCUCUUGCAAGAAAGCAAAUAGUGUUACAAAAGGAGAAUGUGUGAAAUACGGGGAAGACCGAUUCCAGGUGAAAAUAGGGUAUAAUGCUGAACUUAUUGCUCUAUUUAAGAAGAUACCAAGCAAAAGCUAUGAUCCUGCUAUGAAAAAAUGGAAUUUCAGCCUGGAAGAUUACAGCAGUUUCAUGGAAGCAGUAAAUCAACUUUCGUCAGUAGUUGUGGCACCACUGGAGGGAGAAAAUGCAGGUGGCCUGACAUCAGGCUCUCAUUUCAUUGGCAGUACGGUUGAUGUGAAAUCGCUCUUGAAGAUGUGUAAGACCUGGAAGAAACCUUCAGCCCUUGUCAAAGGGAAAUGCAUGCUAAUCUCUCGCUUGCGGUUUGAGGUUGAUAUUGGGUAUUCUUCAGAAGUGAUUGGAGUGUUCAAACAGAUGGAUUCCAGAAAUUAUGAUAUGAACACCAGAAAGUGGAGCUUCCUACUGGAGGACUAUCCCAAACUGAUGGAAGUGUUACAGAGCCUUGUGUCAGUAGAAGUGGAGCCACUGCCCGAGGCAGUAAUACAAACCUUUGCUGCUCAAAUACAGAGAUCUACAUCACAGACAGAUAUUCCUGAUGCUGACCUUUCAGUCGUGGACUCCAAAAUUGUGAUGAGUCUCAUGCCCUUUCAGCGGGAAGGUGUGAAUUUCGCAAUUUCAAGAAAUGGACGUUUACUUCUUGCGGAUGACAUGGGCCUGGGCAAGACCAUCCAGGCGAUCUGCAUUGCUGCUUAUUACCGAAAGGAAUGGCCCUUGCUGGUGGUGACUCCUUCUUCUGUGAGGUUUACAUGGGCAGAGGCAUUUCACAGGUGGCUUCCAUCCUUGAGUCCAGGUAGCACCAAUGUCAUAGUGAGUGGCAAAGACAAACUAACAGCAAGCUUGAUCAACAUUGUCAGCUUUGACCUUCUCAGCAAGAUGGACAAGAAACUUAAGAGCACUUUCCAAGUAGUUAUUAUUGAUGAAUCUCAUUUCCUAAAGAACAUAAAAACUGCACGAUGCCAAGCUGCCAUGCCUCUACUCAAGGCUGCCAGGAGAGUGAUCUUACUUUCGGGAACUCCUGCCAUGUCGCGGCCCGCGGAGCUUUACACACAGAUUGCAGCUGUCCAGCCAGCCUUCUUCCCACACUACCACUCCUUUGGGCUACGCUACUGUGAUGCUAAGAAGAUGCCAUGGGGUUGGGACUACUCUGGAUCAUCCAACUUAACUGAACUGAAAAUUUUGCUGGAAGAGGCCAUCAUGAUCCGACGUCUGAAAUCAGAUGUGCUUUCCCAGCUUCCAGCAAAGCAACGCAAAAUGGUUGUCGUGGCUCCUGAAGGCAUUAGUGCAAAGUCCAAAGCUGUCUUGGCAGCUGAAGCAAAGAAGAUGGCCAAAGGAUAUGGAAGUAAACAACAAGAGAAGGAAGCUCUUCUCCUCUUCUACAACAGAACAGCAGAAGCUAAAAUCCACUCGGUCGUAGAAUACAUCCUGGAGUUACUGGAAAGAGGAAAUGAUAAAUUCCUGGUGUUUGCUCAUCACAAGAUAGUGCUGGAUGCAAUAGUUGCAGAGCUGAAGAAGAAACAUGUUGAACACAUUCGCAUUGAUGGCUCCACACCUUCAGCUGAGCGGCAGUCUCUGUGCCACAAAUUCCAGUUAUCAGAGAAGCAAGUUGUGGCUGUCCUGUCCCUCACUGCUGCAAACAUGGGCCUGACAUUGUCUGCUGCAGAUCUGGUGGUGUUUGCAGAGCUCUUCUGGAACCCAGGGGUUUUGAUCCAAGCAGAAGAUCGGGCACAUCGAAUUGGACAGACCAGCUCUGUUAAUGUUCACUACCUGGUGGCUAGAGGCACAGCAGAUGACUACUUAUGGCCAAUGAUUCAAGAGAAAAUCAAAGUGCUGGGAGAAGCUGGUCUUUCAGAAACCAAUUUCUCCAAAACAGCGGAAUCCACUAAUUACUGCCCUAAGCCAGAUCCAAAGCAGAAGACCAUCUAUGACCUUUUCCAGAGGACCUUCUCUGAGAACAGGGAUGAUGCUGAUGAGGUUUUGCUUUUGGAGGCAGCUGAUGCUUGCUCUGAGUUUGACUCUGGCAGUGUCUUGCGAGAUACAGAAGGAAAUAUGUGUUCAGUGAGUCCCCCAAAAAAGCGGCGUAUCGAGGAGUUUUUUAAAUUGUAAUGAUGACAGCAAAAGAGAUUGUGGCUAAAUGAUUUUUUUUUUUAAUUAAAAAACCUCCAAAGCAAUCAAGUUGGGUUUUUUUUGAGUUUUCAAAAAUAAAAGACUUAAGGUUUUUGUGUGUCUAGUGCAUUUCAUCUCAAAGGACGAGAAGGCAGUCUGACAGCGUGACAGAUGAGCAGUGCACACCUGGCAGCCUGUAUGUUUUGCAGUCCUGGUUUUGCUGAUGACUGAAUGGCCAUGGGCAGGUAGCAUGCUGCUUUGUUUCAUCAUGUCAGCUUCCACAGUUGUUUUUUUUUAAAAAGCAGAUAAUGGUUGUCUGUCCACAAAGCAGAACUGUUGUGAAAAGUAACUUUUCAGCAGCUGCAGAGUGCUUCUAACAAUCAGUCUUCCAUCUCCAAGAAUUUUAGUCUGUAUUUAUAGGAGUCAGUUCACUGGCAAAAUUUAGCCCUUACUUGUCACACACUGGCUCUCUGGUAUUCAGUUUGGCAGUGAGGAGAGAAGAUCCAGACAGAUCUUGAUGUUUUGUGGAGGUGGGGGAGAGGAGGGAGAGCCCCAGACUUUUGUCUGUGCAGAGCAGUCAGUACCUUGAAACUAAGUUGUGCAACUGUCUGCCAGGAGGUGUGUAGUGCCUGUUAGGCAUGUGUCUGCCUGAGCACAUGGAUCUCUGGCAUUCUCUGCUAAAUCUUAGGACGUGGUCUGUGGCAUGUGCUUCUUAUGUCAGUGGAGGGUGAAGCUUGUGCUUGACUGCCAGGGAUUAAGCCUGGCUGCUCAGGAAAGGGGGGGGAGGGGGUGUUUUCUUCAAGACUCAAGGCUGACUUUCACAGAUGAGUGAGGAGAGGGGGACAUGUGCAGAUUUUUGAUCUUGUUUUGUAAGAAACUGGCUCUGGACCAAGCUGUUUAAAUAAAAAGUUGUUUUUUAAAUCAUGGUUCCCAAGCUUUUGGUACUUUUUCUAUUAGAAUUUAACCUCUAACUUGGACCUUAAGCUUGAGAAGUACAUGAUGCUGUGGAAAUACUAGUGGUUUUAAGUAUUUAUGAUGGCAGAAAGAUAGGUCUUUUUGGGGAUACUUUCUUUUGUGCUUUCUAAAACUCAUCAACUUUCAGAAGGGAAACUCCCAUGAUACUUUGUAGAUGAAUCAGAGCUACUUCCAUAAUACAUUUAGGUUCCUUCCCUAGGACCUGUUCUUUGCUCCCAUUACAGCUCUGUGUGGGUUACACUGAGAAUGCCAAAAGCAGCACUGUUGCUUGAUGCAGUGAUUAAAAUGCUGUUUUCAAUUUGUGCUAGUCUUGAUCAUGCUGUCAGCCAUGUGAACUGGGAGACUUGAACUCCCAGCCUUGAUACUGCCUGAGCAAACCCACUCUUUAGUUCUUUAAGUUAAUGUCUUUCACACUUCUGGUAUUAGUACCAGAAAUACUUGGAAAUGGACUGGGAAACAUGACCAGGGAGUACAGGACAAGAUAUAAUUUCAGAGGUACCCGUUAGCUCUCUUUUACAGCCCUAAUCUGUAGAGAAGAGUAGGGGAAAAGCAAACAGAAGGCUUACAUUUAGCUUCUGGAUGCCAGGAGCUAACAUGCUGUGCAGGCAGCGUGCUUGCCUGUGUGCACAUACCAGACAAUGACUAAAAGACCUCUGUUCUGUGGUCAAGUAGGAAGAAGCUUGUGCUGUAACAUCAACUUGAUAAUAACUGGCGUAUUUUUUACUGUAUCAAAGGGUUUGAAUAUCCCAUUUUCAGCAAGUGUUGUCAUAGAAAUGCCCUACAGGCUGCAUAUACAAUUGUGCUGGGUGGAGACCUGCUUUUCAUUCAUGACUUCAGAAGGUGCUUUGUUGUGUGUGCAAGUGAAGAGGAGUAAGGCCGAGGACAGUGUGACAGGCCAGCUGGAGAAAAUGUUUUGUCUCUGGAUUUGAGACAGAGAGCUAAACAUCAUUUCUCUUGCUCCAACAGCUGGCCAGGAGAUAAAUACACACUGUUUGACAUUUUUAAAUAUCUGUUGUUUUGAACACAGAGUAUUUAAUCUGUUUCUAGGACACGGGAUCUUUCUACUUGCAGAGAGGGUUGCUUUGUGUAAGGGGUGAGAAAUGUUUCCGUCUGCCUACUGAAAAAGAAUAUGGAAGACAUUAUUUACAUACCCAUAUUGUCAUCUCCUAUAGGAGUAAUUCUCUUCUUCCUUACAAAGCUACAGCUAUGUCAAAACCGUAUUUUUCUGAAACCUGCUGAAAGUACCCUUGGAGAAUUCUGCUUCUCAAACUCAAUUUGUGUUAUCUGUAUAUUGAUAAAUCCCAGACCUGUUAGAGGAAUGCCAGAUGUACUCUUUAUUUGUUAGGACUCCUAAAAUCUCAUCUAGUUUGCUGCAGUUACAAAAGCUCUUCAGGUACGCUUCAGGUUCAUUCUAUCCUUACUAGAUGAAAAAGGGGAGAAGAAUCUUGCAGGAAAGUGCUUUUAGUCAUUACAUCAAGGGAUUAGAAAGACUGUGCAGGCCUUAGCCCAAUUACACUAUUGGUGUGUCAAGAAUGUGAUGAGCUGGCUGGGAAGCUGCCAGCAGUCUCAGACAGGAUCUCCAAGGCUUGCUGAUGAGAAUUUGUACAAGGUAGUGUGCAGGUUGUUGAUGAGAGCCCUAGGCAGGGCUCUUGGGGACUUUUACACCUGCUCAUCGAAGAUGGUACAGCUAUAACUUUUUGGCAUUAUCUAAAGCCCAGUAAAGGGAAGGACCCAUCUUGGAGCAUUUUGCUGUGACUGGAUGCCUGCUUGUACACCUGUGUCUGUGUCCACCCAUGUUAGAGAAAGGCAUGUCUUCAGGAAGGAUGCCAAACCAAGAACAAGAGGUAAAAAUACCUGAGCAGUAAAACGGACCAGUUCAAACUACAUCUUCAUUACAUUAAGAUAGCCAGCCUGGGACGUGCAGAAGAGUUCAAGGUGGUAGACUGUCAAAGCAAGGCUUUUGGAGCUCUGCUGGCCUGUCUGCAUCCAUCCAUCUUCUCAGUCACUUAGAAAUGCAUGUUUAUUGUGGCAGUGGUGGAAAUGGCUGCCAUCUGAGGGGGCUGGGUUUGGUUGGCGGCAGAGCUGUCUGUAAGACUGGUAGAUGAAGCAUAUGACCACGUACUGUUACUGUCACAGCAAACUAACUCUGUAGAUACAGACUGGAGAACAGCAGUAAAUCCUCUGUUCUGGAUGUGUUGGCUGAAAAUUUUUAUUAUUUUUUUAACCAAAUAGUCACAAAGCAACCAAAGGAACUUUUUGUUUUUUAAAAAAAACAUUGGUAUCAAAAGAUGUAUUCUAUGAGUCAUCAUUAUGAUGAGGAUCUGAAAAGGGCAAAUACAUUCGAGGGUAUAUCAAAUGAGAUUUUGACUCAGCAGAGGGAGAUAUAAAUACUGUUGCCUAAAGCCCUGCUGAGUCCUUGCUUGGAACAGGAACCCGCUC